AUGGAGUGCAGCCUUCGCAUGGAGUGCAGCCUUCGCAAGGAGUGCAGCCUUCGCAAGGAGUGCAGCCUUCGCAAGGAGUGCAGCCUUCGCAAGGAGUGCAGCCUUCGCAAGGAGUGCAGCCUUCGCAAGGAGUGCAGCCUUCGCAAGGAGUGCAGCCUUCGCAAGGAGUGCAGCCUUCGCAAGGAGUGCAGCCUAAGCAGGGAGUGCAGCCUUCGCAAGGAGUGCAGCCGUCGCAAGGAGUGCAACCUUCGCAAGGAGUGCAGCCUUCGCAAGGAGUGCAGCCUUCACAAGGAGUGCAGCCUUCGCAAUUAUUGCAGCCUUCGCAAGGUGUGCAGCCUUCGCAAGGAGUGCAGCUUUCGCAAGGAGUGCAGCCUUCGCAAGGAGUGCAGCCUUCGCAAGGAGUGCUGCCUUCGCAAGGAGUGCUGCCUCCACAAGGAGUGCUGCCUCCGCAAGGAGUGCUGCCUUCGCAAGGAGUGCUGCCUUCGCAAGGAGUGCUGCCUUCGCAAGGAGUGCUGCCUUCGCAUGGAGUGCUGCCUUCGCAUGGAGUGCUGCCUUCGCAUGGAGUGCUGCCUUGGCAUGGAGUGCUGCCUUCGCAUGGAGUGCUGCCUUUGCAUGGAGUGCUGCCUUUGCAUGGAGUGCUGCCUUUGCAUGGAGUGCUGCCUUUGUAUGGAGUGCUGCCUUUGCAUGGAGUGCUGCCUUCGCAAGGAGUGCUGCCUUCGCAAGGAGUGCUGCAUUCGCAAGGAGUGCUGCAUUCGCAAAGAUUACUUCCUUCGCAAGGAGUAG